AUGGAACAGUACAACACUCCGACGGGCUCAGUCGAUGUGCCAACGACGACUACCUCUCCUUCGCCAGUCUCAGCUGCUAGACCAACGACGAUUACUUCUCCUCCGCCGGUCUCAGUUGCUGUGCCAACGACGACUACCUCUACCCCAACUGCAACGACGGCCACUUCGACAGAUGACAAAGAUUGCGACUUUCUUGAUGUUGCUGGCGGUGAAAACAGCGAAGUCGUUGGAAAUGCAGGUUUAGUUGAAGAGGACUGUGGAUCAUUUGACAUUGCUGGCGGUGAGAAGGAUCGUGGAUCGAUCGAUGUUGUUGGUAGUGAUGUUGACGAAUCGUGUGGUUCAUCUGAUCCUACUGGAACGACUGCUGACGAAAGCACCACCAUUUCGGAACCAUCACUCAACUUUGUCAACGUUGAUAAGAGCUACAUCAGUGGCAAAGUGCAAGGUCCGUAUCAAGACUAG